CAUCCUCCUCACAUCAUAUUGACCUAUCAAACGUCGCAGAAAGGUCGUGUCCGGUGGUCGUUCGGUAGUUACGCAUUGAUUGUUGUGUGUCCGUCCCUGGACUAGUGCGAUAGUGAAUCGGUUGGCGGAAGAGGAAACGUAGCGAAUCCCAGCCGUGGGACAAGACGAGAAAAUCAACAGCUGCCUUCGAUUGCACUCGCGGGCCACCGAAGGAAGUCUUAUCAAGUCACGAAACAGCCGGUGCAAAGUGCUCCAUUUGAAGGUCGCCCUGUGCUUCGAAAAGGGGUGAGAAAAGACGAACUACUAUGCUGCGGACCAUCGCCGUACGGAACGAGAAACUGCUGCUGCAGGGAUCACGCCAGGUUCUACGCGGAACUGCCAGAAGGGCGCUCAGCUGCGAAGCGGUCCGGAAGAGUAACCUUCCGAAAAAUGCUCAGAAAUGGAGCGGACAGAGAAUCAUCUCCGUAUGUCAGGUGAACUUUGUCAGAGGAUACUGCAGCAAUUAUCCAGCUCACGCAAAGGUUUUGUUACCGGCACUUUCACCAACCAUGGAGCUGGGGACCAUCGUCAGCUGGGAGAAAAAGGAAGGCGACAAACUCAACGAAGGUGACCUGCUGGCAGAAAUCGAAACCGACAAGGCCACCAUGGGCUUCGAAACACCCGAAGAGGGAUAUCUAGCCAAGAUCUUAGUCCAAGCAGGGCAGAAAGAUGUACCCAUUGGAAGGUUGGUGUGUAUCAUUGUUGAAAAUGAAGCUGAUGUGGCUGCCUUCAAAGAUUACAAGGAUACUGGUGCGCCUGCAACGAAACCGGCAGCCGCUGCCGCUCCACCACCGCCAGCUGCUGCACCACCGGUAGCGACUCCACCGCCAGUUGCUGCGGCUCAUCCGCCACCUCCACCUCCAGCAGCCAGCGGAGCGAUGACAGCAGUUGAUCAACGCGGACCCCGAGUUUACGCUAGCCCAAUGGCUAAGAAACUUGCCGAGCAGCAAAGACUACGACUAGAAGGGAAAGGAUCCGGUUUGUUUGGAUCAUUAACAUCUAAGGAUCUUGCAGGUAUGCAACCGGGCGGUGCUCCGGAAGUGCAUGCUCCGGCGGCGGCACACAGCAUUCCAGCCGGCGCAGCCUUCGUAGACCUACCGGUUUCCAAUAUUCGAGGGGUUAUCGCCAAACGGCUGCUUGAAUCGAAAACAACCAUCCCACACUACUAUCUCACGGUGGAUGUGAACAUGGAUCAAAUCAACAAGGUUCGCGCCAAGUUCAACAAACAGCUGGAGAAGGACGGUGUCAAACUGUCGAUCAACGAUUUCAUUAUCAAGGCAGCUGCCAUGGCCUGCAAGAAGGUCCCGGAAGCGAACUCGGCCUGGAUGGACACGGUCAUUAGACAAUUCGAUGCCGUUGACGUUUCAGUCGCAGUCUCAACCGAUCGCGGGCUCAUCACCCCAAUCGUGUUCAGUGCCGAUCGGAAGGGUCUAACCGAUAUCUCCAAGGACGUGAAACAUCUGGCAGCCAAAGCUCGGGAAGGUAAACUGCAACCUCAGGAGUUCCAAGGGGGUACUUUUAGCGUUUCGAACCUCGGAAUGUUCGGCGUAACGCACUUCAGCGCCAUCAUCAAUCCGCCACAGAGCUGUAUUUUGGCUAUUGGUGGUACCCAAAAGCGUAUCGUACCUGAUAAAGAUUCAGAAAAGGGCUGGAAGGAAAGUGAUUACGUCGCAGUAACGCUCAGCUGUGAUCAUCGCACGGUGGACGGCGCCAUUGGUGCACGCUGGCUACAAUACUUCCGCAUGUUUUUGGAGGAUCCCCAUUCGAUGCUGUUAUAAAGCAACCUACGUUACCAUGUCUUAUUUGUGUCCAAGAUGUACCAACAAACCACCUAGCUCACCACAACUGCAGCAACUGUGCUCCCAACAAUUACUACGCUUCAUGUUAAUGAUGCUGAAAAAUUGUAUAGUCAUCCCAUGGAGCACUGAACCUAUAUAAUUUCCCCCAAGCAACUUUCGUCCGUAUAGACUAGAUUAGUACUACAUCAUGAGGGCUGGGAAUCGUAACAAGUGCAGUCUGCCAGUAAGAAAUCUGCAACAGUCACUGAGUAGUACUCAUUACGAAUAUCGCGUACAAAAAUGCAUAUAAUAUGACUAGGGUGUAAUGACAACCACAUAUGAUGAGGCAAUGUGCCUAUCAUUCAUUAAUCCAAACCAUACGAGGAAUCUGUGAAGCAUAGAAAUUAUAGAUCAGUGCCCGGCAUUCAAAAUAGAGCAAGAAACGCUGCCAAACAAUUAGUUUUCCACUUUUGUUUUCCAAUCAUUCUUCGUAAUAGAAAUGGUUAAUGAACUCGGCUAUGGUCUCCAUAGGACAAUUUUCUAUACCACAUUUGCUUUGUUCGUUUUUGACUGUUAACUAAACACAUAGGAACGACUUGGUUCUAUUGUAGUGCAACUGAAUUAAAUUCAAUUGCAGAAUCGUUCUUUGAUUUUUUUUCUUUACCUGGAUUCUACAAAUCCUUCCGCUAGAAAUGGAUCAUAUUGGCAAAUUGAAUAAAACAAACGAAAGAUACUGCGAAUAUUAGCCAUUAUUUUAAAUUAUUUUACUGUGGAUGCAAGCAGUCUAAUGAACUAUAUUAUUUAAGUUUCUUAGAGGACGGAUCGAAAGUAACAUGUAAUGUUAGAGCACUAUUUGCCGAAUAAUGAGAGUUGGUCUUUGACGUGAAAAAAAUAAA